AAGAUCAGCCGUAGUGAUUUGUGAUUUGCUAUGCUCUUCCGGGAGCAGACUUUGGCACCAAGUGAAACACGAGCAACCAGAACAAGCAGUCGACAGAUCAACGAUCGCAAGUGGCUUUUUUGCCUUCUGCCUUUGUCCUCAGGUGGCCGUUUUUAGUUGGCACCCAGCAUCGAGUGCCAAACAAACCGGCCAAGGACCAUCUCCGCACAAUUCCAUCAUCUUGCGACCAUCUCCCUCGCGAUACCGUUCAGUUUCCCGUUCCCAAAUACAAUUUCAUUGUUGUGUCCUGCUUCCUGAGAUACCCCCAUCAUUAUCUUGUAGCUGAAUGGUCGAUAUGGCUUCGUACACGCAAACACCGCCGCAAAAUGGCUUCUACGAGACCGCGCCGCAGCCCACCGAUCACAUCCAGAGCAUAGGCUAUGGCAAUGCAGCGCAGCACGACUUCGCGCAUGAAGGUGGAAGUCCCAUCACAGUCGGCACCACUGUCGGCAACCCAGUCCCUAUCGUGCUCGAGGACGGAGGCGUCAAUCGCUCCGCAUCUAAUGCUUCGACUGCUGCAUACAGAGACACGACCCCAUCGCGUAGUGGCACUUUGAAAAAGAAGUCCAGUCUUCGUCGCAGCGGCAGCCGCAAAAGCACCAUGGCUGGUAGCAUCGCUGGAGUUGGUACACCGGGGGCUCGCGACGAUUACAACAGUGCCUUGACCACUCCCAUUCCUACUCAUGGCAGUCCUACCGAGAUCCUUGCUAGCCGUUUUCAAGCAUGGCGCACGCUUCUGAAGUCACUUAUCACAUAUUUCCGCGAAAUUCAGUCUAGCUAUGAGACUCGUAGCAAAGCAUUGCUGAAGGUUUCGAACGUCUUGUCCAACUUCUCACACCCCUCGGUCUUCAUCACCGAUGGCGGACUUGCCGACGCAACUCGCAUUCUAGGCGACUACCACAAGCACUCCGUCGCCGAGUCAAACAAGUCGCGCGACAUCGAGCAAGACGUCAUCUCUGCUCUCACUGGCUUGCGUAGCGACCUGGGCCAGAAGAUCAAGGAGAUCAAGAGUCUUAAUGGCGACUUCAAGAACUCCGUGGACAAGGAGAAGGAUGCAACUCGCAAGGCUGUAGACCAACUUGCCGAAGCCUUGCAGCACGCGGACCACAACGACAGCAGUAAAGCCGAUCCUUUCAUUGUCCGUUUGGGAGUCGACCGCAUGGUCGAGAAGCAGAUUGACGAGGAGAACUACCUCCACCGUGCAUACCUCAACCUCGAGAGCUCCGGUCGCGAACUUGAGUCUAUCGUCGUAGGAGAGAUUCAGAAGGCCUACAACGCCAUGGCCAGCAUCCUCAAGCGUGAGGGUGACGAUGCCUACAACACUGUUGAGCAGCUCCGCGGAGGCCCUAUCGCCAUGCCCAAGGAUCUCGAAUGGUCGCGCUUUGUCGAGACGGACCCUCACUUUGUCAAUCCCAGACUGCCCCUGCGUCGUAUCGAGGAUAUCUAUUACCCGGGCAAGUACGCUCCCGCUGCCGCAGAGGUCAGAGCUGGGAUGCUGGAACGCAAGAGCAAGUACCUGAAGAGCUACACGCCUGGCUGGUAUGUCUUGUCACCAACUCACUUGCACGAGUUCAAGUCGGCAGACAAGAUCUACUCGCAACCUCCCGUCAUGUCGCUGUACCUGCCUGACCAGAAGCUGGGCUCCCACUCCGAGCCUGGCUCUUCUUCGCACAAGUUCAUGCUCAAGGGCCGCCAGAGCGGUGGUAUGCACCGUGGUCACUCUUGGGUCUUCCGUGCCGAGUCUUACGAGACCAUGAUGGCUUGGUUCGAGGCCAUCAAAGUUCUGACCGAGAAGACUGGCGAGGAGCGCAAUGCCUUCGUCCGCCAACACGUGCGCAGCAUUAGCCAAAACAGCCACCGCAAUAGCAUCAGUAGUGAUGGGCUUGAGGAGGACGAGGCUGACCGGGUCCCCUACUCUGCCCAGUCCAGCAUCAUCAACCAGCCCAUUGGCGAGACACGCCUCCAACGCCCCGUCCCAGGUGAGCGGUCGAUUCCCGUCUGAUCUGCAGAUCCCUCGCACCAUGGCCGCUUCCCCAGAUAGCGAGUCUGACGAAGCCGACCACAACACUAUUCCCGGUGUCACAGCUCUUCCUCCCGGCGUUGCCGUGAUUGAGCCCACUCAUUACGAUGACAACCCUUACCGUUUGCAGGGAGUCUCCACUCACGAGGAGUUGCCCGCACAGCAAAGAGCGGCCUUCACUUCCGCCACCCCAGGAUCUGU